AAAAAUAUCAGUUGUGUGUAAGUGUCAGUAUGGUGGACUAUAUCAAAUGUUGCUUUGUUUUGCUGUUUGCGAUUUCAGCAGUACUAUGUGAAAAUUGCGUUACUUAUGAUUUUGGAGGUAACUUUUACCGUACCUUCAAUAAUGGGAAUCCUAUGUGCGAGGGGAUGGCUAGCUGGAGUGUGGGGAACUACAGCUCGAUCCACGUUCCAAGCCCCCAUCAAGACUCGGACCAGUUUAUAACGCCCUCUAAUGUUUUGAGUUGUAUGUCGUCAUAUGGAUUCGAGAUGCAGGCGUCCGGUACCUUGGAGGUCAAUGUGUACAUGGAGUCGACUACACAGCAAGACCAGCUCGUGGUGCUCGUCAACGAGUUCUCCACCAGCAAUAAGAAUGUCGUCACCGGUACUGCUAUACUCACGCCCCUCAGCAACAACUACGUAAAUGGAUGGCAGAGCGUGAAAAUCAAACUGUAUGGAACUGACGUUUUCAAUGGAUAUAUAACAUUCCUUGGAGUAGCAUCGCCUGGAUCUACCGUAAUAAUUGACUCCUUCAGAUACAUUCCCCCGAAAUACGAUGAUGACUGUCACAUCUAUGACGGAGAACUAGUAACAGAGAAUCCAACACCGACACCAGAACCUAUUCCAACAAAGGAUUGUCUUUCGUACGACUUUGAAAGCGGAUACGACGAACUAUUCAAGAGUGAUAGAGGGUUCUGUACUAGUUUUACAAAAUGGACGUUAGGCAGUUACUCAUCUUUGCCAAUUGACCCUCCAAGUGCAUUCAGUCAACAGUUUAUUUCACCUAAACCUGAUAUCAGCUGUGUUUCUUCAGUAGCUUUUGAUGCUGUAACCGAUGGUAUUGUUGAAGUGAAUGUUUAUAUGGAAUCAGCUGCUGAAUCAGACCAAAUAACUGUGCUGGUAAAUAAAAUAGAAGAUGAAGAUCAUGAUGUAGUCACAGGAAGCACUUUGCUCACUCCAUUGCAUGACGACUAUGUUGACGGAUGGCAUACUCUUACAAUCACCCUCAUUGGACACGGAUCUUACAAAGGAUAUAUAUCGUUCCUCGGUUUGGCUUCAGAAGAAUCUGUAGUAGUGAUAGAUUCAUUCAGAUAUAUACCACCAUCAUCUUCAAGCGAAGCCUGCAAAAUAUACGAAGAUGAUUUUGCAACAACAACCCCAGUUCCAGAAACAACACUUGCUCCGGUCGGCUCAGGACAAGAGUGUAUCACCUACAAUUUUGAAAGUGACUUCGAAAACACCUUCGAUACCAGUAACGUACUUUGCAAUGGUUAUUCUUCAUGGCACUUGGGAAAUUACUAUUCACUAGGGAUAGGAAGCAUUGACGAUGAUAGCAAAACCUUCAUUUCACCAAAUACCACUUCAAGCUGCAUAUCCUCAUUCGUCUUUAGAAUGAUGCCCGGAGGUACGGUUGAAGUCAACGUGUUUAUGGAGUCAGUGUCAGAUCUCGACUACGUCAUAGUUUUGGCAAAGAAGCGAGUGCCGGGUGGAGUAGACACGGUAGCUGGUUUCCAACUGUAUUACGCUAAUAACUCCAAUUUCGUCAAAGGAUGGAAUGUAUUGAAAGUUUCUAUUACCGACUUCACGAUAUUUAAUGGCUAUAUUACUCUGAUCGGCUCGACUGAUGAAUCCUCCAUAGUUUUGAUCGACUCAUUCAGAUACAUACCACCUAACACUACAGAAGACUGUCAAAUUUAUUGAAAACUAAAUUUUCCGCCCGUAUUAAUCUGACUUCAUAUUAUGGAAAACAAACGUUAUUUGAAAGUUCUGUAAAUUAACGUUGAUACCAAAUCAGGUACCACUUUCUAAGAGAUGUCGCGUACUGCAAUGUGAAGUUAGGUCUGUAUAUUUAAAUUGAUGAAUAAAGAUGAGCUUUCGUUAAAUUAAAUUAUAUUUAAAUUAUCAAUUCUUUAUAAAAAAAACUUGCAUUAAAAAUGUUUGUCAAAAUUGUUGUUCUUAUUUUGGUAAUUAAGUAAAUCGGAAACAAAAAGCGA